CCUUCAACCCGCCGCCCGCCGUCUGUACGCGAGUGUAGUGUCAUCUCUCUACUCCUACACACAUCCUGAUACGUCGGCUUUUCUACAAACCCACUUUUAAUUCGUACAAAUUAGUCCUUAGAACACUUUUUUUAAUUUCAACAACGCGUAUUAAUUAUAAUUUUAAAGAACUGGUUGUUUUGUUCUUAUAAAAUAUAUAUAGAGGUUUUCAGUUAUGGUAAGCUUAAAGGAUUAAUAGGUGUGUGUUAAGGAGAAAUGUUAAAAAGCUUUGUCCGUGAUGGAGACGAAAGUGAUUCGCCACCCUCGUAUUUCUAGUAUAAAUAACUGUAAAUUCUUAUUCUUUACAAAUCUAAAACAAGAUCAGUGAUGCAACCACCAUGAUAAGGAAGAAAAAAUGUCUAUAUAAAGUAGAAAUAUGACGGGCAGUACAUGGGCGUGGUGGAACGACAGUGUUGUGGUGGAAGUGGUGGAGGGGGGAGAGGUGUGGACCAAUAGCGUGGUGCGGGAGUGGGGGCAGUGGACCAAUCAGAGCACGAGAACCAGCCAUCAGGAGACCGAGGACAACUGGUGGGGGCUACUAGCUUUGGCCUUAGUCUUCGGUACUGCAGCCGGUAACAUCCUGGUUUGUCUGGCCAUCUCGUGGGAGAGACGCCUCCAGAACGUCACCAACUACUUCCUCAUGUCCCUCGCCAUCACCGACCUCAUGGUGGCCAUCCUGGUCAUGCCACUGGGUAUCCUCACCCUCGUCCGCGGUUACUUCCCCCUGCCCCCCGUGUACUGCCUGGCCUGGAUCUGCCUGGACGUGUUGUUCUGCACAGCCAGCAUCAUGCACCUGUGUACUAUCAGCGUGGAUCGCUACCUCAGUCUCCGUUAUCCUAUGAAGUUCGGCCGCAACAAAACUCGCAAAAGAGUGACCCUAAAGAUCGUCUUCGUGUGGCUGCUGUCCAUCGCCAUGAGCUUGCCUCUCUGCCUCAUGUACUCUCAGGACUACAACUCCGUCCUGGUGGGAGGCAUGUGUCAGAUCCCCGACCCUCUCUACAAGCUGAUAGGUUCAAUCGUCAGUUUCUAUAUCCCGCUGGUAGUGAUGCUACUGACUUACGCACUCACUGUCAGAUUGCUGGCCGUCCAAGAGCACAACUUGAGCAGCAACAGCUGGUCUAGCGGCUGGCUAGGAGGUCCAGCAUCUACAGGUAUAGAGAGACGGUGUACGUGGCGGCGCCUGCUGACAGGCAGGCCUCUGACAACACAACAGCAGAGUCACGGUACUCAGCAUCAACACCACUCGUCCACUGACACCGACCUCACCACUCUGGACACCCAUGAGUUGUGGUUGCCAGACACCGAGCCCACACCGUCCACCAUGUCUGCCCUGCACCAGUUCGGCGCUGAGAUGUUGAGGCUCUCUCGAGGCCUUGAGAGUGCCAUGACCGGUCCUGUCUUGUCUAAACCGAAAGAACCGGAGCCGGAGCCAGAGCGGCACGGAGACAGCAGCGGAGGUAGCUCCAGCAAGUCACUGGCCGAGGUACCGGAGCCAGGCGACAAGCCGCGGCCGCGCGUCAGCAGAAGUGCCAAGAAGCGCCGCCGGGCCUCCACCAUAGGCGAGGGUGGCGAUCGGCGGGUGAGUGUGGAAAUGCGACGGCGAGUGUCCAGCUACCACGAGCCGUCCGGGAAGUGGACUACGAGCGAGUCGUCCUCCGCAGAAGGGGAAGAGCAGAGUCGGCCGGAGGAGAUGACGUGCCGGAAACACAGCGGAGUCAGCGAAAAAGACAUCGGCUACCGACUGUUGGAAGGCGCGGAGGCCGGGACGGGGAGUGGCGAAGACCCCCUGUCGCUUCUACCGCCGCCCUGCACCUGUCCCUACUUCGGCGACUCGGACGGCGCCAAGAAGAAUUCCGUCCGCCCGACGGACGUGGUCAUCAUCACGACCACGGACGAAGGCACAGCACUCUCAACCAAACCGCCCUUCCCCAGGAGAAACCCCAGCUUCGCCUCUAGCAAGCUGAACGACACCGAGUCUCUGUCCGUGUCCAGCUCGGACACCAGGAGUCCGAGUUCGUCCGUCAAGUCCCCGGCCAGGCCGAGUCGAGGCCACCCGAGGUCCUCCUACACCAGCGAGAGCAGCGGCACCGUGGUCACCUGGGAGUCCACGCCUCGCAGACACCGGCGCGGCAGCUUCGGCGCGGGAGGCACGGUGCGUACCAUGGUCAUGUCCUCGCCCAAGCCGCCCAUUUUGCGACGGUCCGCCACACUGCGAGUGCCGAGGAAGGAGUUGACGCCACACCACGGCGAGCCUGCUGGCGGCGUACUGUUCCGCUACGGUUCGACCCCCGGCAUAUCGCGCGGCGGUGGCGGUGUACGCGGUCACCACAGCCGUAACUCCAGCGUCAUGUCGCGCACCUCCUCGCGCCACGGCAGGAUCAUUCGUCUCGAGCAGAAGGCCACCAAAGUGUUAGGUGUUGUGUUCUUCACGUUCGUCAUUCUCUGGGCUCCUUUCUUCGUGUUAAACCUUCUGCCUUCAGUGUGUGCCGAGUGUGAACAGAAAAUAGACCAGGGAAUAUUCGAUUUUGUCACCUGGUUAGGCUACGCUAGUUCUAUGGUAAAUCCUAUAUUUUAUACUAUUUUUAACAAAGUAUUUCGUCAGGCGUUUAAAAAGGUAUUGCUUUGCAAAUACCACCGCAAUAAAAGCUGGAAACCGAGCAAGGCCAAACUAUAAAUGUAUUAACAUACUUUACAUUCAAUUUAUAAAGAAUAACGAUGGUUAAUACAAGUUAUUCAUAAUUUUACCUCUUUUUGCUUAAAAAUAACAAAACUAUCGAACAAAUUAAAAAAAUAAAUAAGAAUCUUACUUUAUUAAUAGAUUGCCGUUCCGAAAUAUAAACAUCUAAGUAAUGUAAUUCGUAUACUUCAUUACUGAAGUUAGCAGCAAUACAAAAGUACUCAGAGACUUUGUGUCCGGAUCCCUAAUCCUUGAACGCUAUUUUGAAUUCUAAAAUUAUGUCCAGAAAAAAUUUUAAGAUUAUUGUUUACACCAAAAUCAAAUAAUUAGCCAACUCUUUACAUGACAGAAAUUAUAUGUAAGCAUCAUAUAAUAAAUGUUGUAAAACUAGUAGUAUUUAGCCAUGCAAUAAUAAUAAAUUUUUAUUGAAAUCGCAAUUACAAUUUGUUUUAUAAUAUUUUUAAAAUUUUAUCUGAAUAAGGAGCAACAUGUGGUGAAUUCUGGGCGUGAAUUCGAAUGCCUCUUAAACUAAUGUGCGCAUACGGCAUAACUAUAUGGUAUAGUAAAAACUACAGGACUGGUAAUAUUAUUUCAGAGAUUGUAUAUAAUAAAGUUAAAAAUAAAUAUAAACAGAUACAGUCGUUAUCAAACCUUAUUUAACACCAGGAACUAAGUGAGGCAACAAAGUCGGUUUCUUCAACAGCUUUACAAUCGAUGAUUUGAGAACAUUAGAGAUACAAAAUUUAAAAUUUAAUAUAAAGCACAUAAAUAUAUAGAGAUGUGUUUUAUCUAAUUUAUGACAUGAGGCAGUAUAUUUGAAACCACGACAUUCGCGAUAUUAAGAUUUAGACCAGUUGAUACAUUCGUUUAAACGCCUGAAAUGCAGUUUUAAGUCUGAAUACCAGCCUUUAUAGUUAAAGAAUAUCAUCAAUAGGUUGACGAUAAUGAUAUUCUUUCCGGAGGCACAAAAGAAUAUAAUUAAGAUAUACACCGUGUAAAGUCAUUACAUAUAGGCCUACACUGUUUGAUCAGAGUUAAAGUCACGCCGUCAGCAAAGUUAAAUUAAAAAAUACCUUGCAGUGUUGUAGUGAGAUUGUACAUAAGCGCACACUACAAGCUCACAAUUUAACAAUAUGGCAAAUGUUAACGGUGACGCUACUAUGAUACCCACUGGGCUAAAUGUGAAACUAAAUUAACUUGCCAAUGGUAGGCUAUGUGCAGGACGUUCGCGGCAACGUUAUGGCAACUCGCUAUUCGUAGCAAAAUAACCAAAAAUAAAACUCAAAUUUGGCCACUUAUUUCUCCAGCAUUACCAAAUCAAGAUAAAAACUUAUCAUAUUACUGUAUAAGACAGCGGGCGGUAGAAGUUUACAUUGUUUACGGGAUUAUUAACCGAGCAUUACAACCAUUAAACACACAUAUACCGUACACAUUAUUAUUGGCCGAUUAUGUUUUGGGUGUCAAAAUGUUUGUAAUAAGACUUAGCAAAUUUUAUUAUUCUAAAGGAAUAAUACGAUACGCAUUAUAAUUAAUUCUAUUAGUUUUUACGGUAUUGAGCUUUGAAAAUGCUAAUCGUCCGCCAUCUUGAAACUUGAUAUCACAAUACAAUAUCAUAUUUCUCUUGAUUUGAGAAUGUAAAAAAUGUGCCAAAUUUGAGUUUUUUUUUAUAUUUGGUGGUUUCUGAAAUGAAAAAUAAAUCUAAAAAUAACAACAUGCAUUCAGACAUACGGUAAUUUAAGAUUUCUGAUCCAUGGUUAUAUUACAUUUUCGGCUUGUCUUGACACGAAAAACGAGUUCUUAAAAUAUCACCACAGAGUUCAUUAAUGCAGAUACCUGUAUAGAGACAACUCUGUCUAUCCUUUUGGAGUGGUUGCCCAAGACUUGAGGUAAGAAAUAUCGGUAACAUGAAUAGAGGAGGCUGUAUUGCUACGUUCAAUAUGAAAGUUCAAGAAUUUGGUGAAUGUACCUAAUUACGAUGAAGUAGACCGAACAAACGUGUUACGUCUGCUGUAUACCCGUUUGGAGUGGUUGCUCAAGACUUGAGGUAAGAAAUAUCGGUAACAUGAAUAGAGGAGGCUGUAUUGCUAAGUUCAAUAUGAAAGUUCAAGAAUUUGGUGAAUGUACCUAAUUACGAUGAAGUAGACCGAACAAACGUGUUACGUCUGCUGUAUACCCGUUUGGAGUGGUUGCUCAAGACUUGAGGUAAGAAAUAUCGGUAACAUGAAUAGAGGAGGCUGUAUUGCUACGUUCAAUAUGAAAGUUCAAGAAUUUGGUGAAUGUACCUAAUUACGAUGAAGUAGACCGAACAAACGUGUUACGUCUGCUGUAUACCCGUUUGGAGUGGUUGCUCAAGACUUGAGGUAAGAAAUAUCGGUAACAUGAAUAGAGGAGGCUGUAUUGCUACGUUCAAUAUGAAAGUUCAAGAAUUUGGUGAAUGUACCUAAUUACGAUGAAGUAGACCGAACAAACGUGUUACGUCUGCUGUAUACCCGUUUGGAGUGGUUGCUCAAGACUUGAGGUAAGAAAUAUCGGUAACAUGAAUAGAGGAGGCUGUAUUGCUACGUUCAAUAUGAAAGUUCAAGAAUUUGGUGAAUGUACCUAAUUACGAUGAAGUAGACCGAACAAACGUGUUACGUCUGCUGUAUACCCGUUUGGAGUGGUUGCUCAAGACUUGAGGUAAGAAAUAUCGGUAACAUGAAUAGAGGAGGCUGUAUUGCUACGUUCAAUAUGAAAGUUCAAGAAUUUGGUGAAUGUACCUAAUUACGAUGAAGUAGACCGAACAAACGUGUUACGUCUGCUGUAUACCCGUUUGGAGUGGUUGCUCAAGACUUGAGGUAAGAAAUGUCGGUAACAUGAAUAGAGGAGGCUGUAUUGCUACGUUCAAUAUGAAAGUUCAAGAAUUUGGUGAAUGUACCUAAUUACGAUGAAGUAGACCGAACAAACGUGUUACGUCUGCUGUAUACCCGUUACAAUCAAGUACAAUUAAAUGUAUUAAUUACACUAUAUUAUCGUUUACGAACAAAUAAAUAUAAAGAACUUACAGAAAACAACCCACACUAAAGACAGGCUUGCAAACUCGGAAAUAUCAUCCCUUCUGUUUUUAUUAACGUUAUUUUAUAUUCGUAUUUUUCUAAUAUGUCGCACAUUGAACAGCGAACGUUUGUGAAAGCCUAAAUAAAACAACAAACUUCGCAUGAAAAUUAGUGAAAUGAUUAAAUUGAAACCACCCAAAUGGUCGGUUUACAACGACUCACUAAUUAGCAGUGGUUCAACAAAGUAACAAACACCGAAGUCCCGUGCACCGUGCACCGUGCAACUAUCGACUACACCUCGCUCUCGGAUCGAUCUGUUUACCGUCACCUGCUGCAGCCGCUGCCGUGCCUCUGUCUCGAUCUUCCCACGGUUACGAUCGUAUCACCACAUUUUCUCUUUUCAAAUUUGUGUUAAUAUCGCUGCAUUUCAACCUACCUUGAAUUUAAUUCAUAUUAGAACAUUCCAAUCAUCUUAAGGUUGGAGUAUUCCAGUUUUCACAAGGAUAUUAGUUGAUCACUUGAUGAUACUCACAUAUCCUUGCUCCCCAGCGCGACCUGGCUGGUAUCAUUAAUAUCUCCACCACGUAGAGCGAGAGUGCUAAACUACAUCUCUGCUGUGGGCAGUGCCAAUAUUACAUUUACUCAAGAAUUUCCAAUCAUCACUGUGCACUUAAUUAACGAUUUCUGAUUAAAUAAUAUAUUUGUUUUGUUGUCCAUUAAUGUAACGCAGCGACUUAUAGUGUGAUCACAACGUGUAGGCUACUACAAAAACAGAAAUUGUCCAGUAAAUGUAGAAGAAAAGUGAACUUUAGACUGUAUGUAAACUCACAGUGAAAUGGUCAGUAACUCACUAUCUGAAAAUGUAAUCAGACGAAAGUACAUCACUGCUUUAAUCAAAACUAUAUCACUCUCUCGUGUUUGCGAACUUUUAUGUUGUUAUUUAAUUCAAUGGGUUUCAAUUAGUUUUAAACUAUAAGGUAAAACAAAAAUAUUAUGUAAUAUUAGCAAUUAAUAUCAAACGUUUAUAACUAAAACAAAAUAUAUUUAAUGGAAUAAAUUGAUCCCUCCAAUAAUUAUGCAUUUUACAAAAGUGAUUAAAAUUAGUAACUACGCAUGUAUCACCAAACGUAAAUCAUCGUACAUAAAACAAAUUGUGUAGUUGAUGAAUGGAUAUGUAACGUUUAAUGUCAAUUCCUUGCAUAAUAUAAGUUUGAUAGUCUGAACUUGCCAUAAGUGUGAGAAGUCUAUGUACGGGAACACAAUCGCAACCGAGGGAAUGUAAGCCAAGGACAAAUAAACAAAUUCUGAAAAACGUUUGAUAUCACAGGCCUAUAACUAAUAUCCAUAAGAUUGUAAAUGUGUAAAACUUGUUACCUUUUCGAGAGCUCAAGUUGCUAUUGACAAUGUUUUCAAAAAAUAUUUUUGUAAUGGAAUAUUUUUAACUUCUUAAUAUAGACUGUUUAUUGUGCAAAUUUAUUUUGAUAAGGAAACUUUUCCCUGCUAUGUGUCUGUAACACACACUUCUACGAGAGAUAACAAGUUCCCCAUUAUUUUAGUACAUUUUUGUAGAAGACACGAGAACAUCGACAAAUUUAUGUUCACUUGCCAAAUGAAUUCCACAGGCUAUAUAUAUAUAUAUAUAUUAAAUACGAACAAACAUUGAAUGUGUAAAAUAGUAGCUAUAAAAUAUUGUAAAUAGAAAGUAAAUUAAGAGUAAGACACUAAAAAUGGUUUAAAUGUAAGUACAGAACCAUCGACUACAGGACUAAAAACUACUUAAUGUGAUCACGUUAAUCUACCAUUGGUCACGUUUAUUAACGUUAAGUAUUGUAUGUGAAUAAGAGGGCUCUACUUAUGUUAGUAGUAAACUAUGUAAGUGUA